AUGGAUAUUGCGCGGGAACACAUCGAGACCAUUCGGCACGACCUUUUGGGCGGCCCCAGUUCUGACCCCAAUAGCAGAUUGUUUAGUGUUUUGACGGGCGCCUUGGAGAUAAUAUCAAAGAAAGUCCACCACAAGGAUUGCCAUUUCCUCAACGAACUCAUUCAGAACUUCGACGACACGGGAUAUGAGGAAGUCGACGAGCCUACAGUCAAAUUCACCCUUACCGACACACAUUUCUUUGCCUGGUCGAAUGAAAACGGCUUCAAGAGAGAGGAUGUAGACUCACUCUGUGCUAUCGGACGAAGUUCGAAAGCGAGUGACCUGGAAAGCACGGGAGAGAACGGGAUUGGCUUCAAAUCCAUUUUUAAAGUGGCUGAUCAGGUCACAAUUCAGUCCCACCCGUAUUAUUUUACAUUUGACACCGCUUCUGAACUAGGGCAACUCGGCAUGCUGGUCCCUACCUGGGUGGACCAACCGACCGACCCCAACCACGGAACCCUACUCACCAUUCGGCUCAAAAAUCAAAACAAAAUCCGAAGGGCACUGUCUGAUCAGCUCAAGAAUUUCAAUUUCUACUCAUUGCUAUUCUCGAGAGUGUUGCGAAAGAUCAAGAUUGACCACCGAGUCCAAGGAAGCUUCACUACGACUGAGGCUUCCUUCAGAGGGCACAGUGAAUCAACCACGGAGCUUGUUGUAGAAAGAAGCCACGGGGCCCGUACUAUAGAAAGCUUUCUCAUAUGGAACCACAGCGCCAAAUCAAAGACCAGGGUAGACACUCGCAAAUGGCCCACAAACAUUCGGCUCGCCUUUCCUAUUGUAGGCAGAGAUGAUGAAGGACCACAUCGAAAACACCAACAAAGUUAUCUGACGUACGCAUUUCAGGCCAUCCAGGACUUUGGGUUCUCUUUCAUGAUCCACUCGGACUUUAUCUUGGACGCCAGUCGAAGCCACGUUGAGCCUGAUCAGGCAUGGAACAUCGAGCUCGAAAGUCACAUCAGCGCGAGCAUUGUUGAAGCCUUGGCUUGGCUGGCACGAGACACCAAGUCGCCAAUCCCGCUGGAGUGGCCCCUUUACCUUAAAUGCCUAGGACAAGUCCAUGACAGAUAUUUUCAGCGAAUUACCUCAAAGGUAAAGAAAGAGCUUCGCAGCUUGGAAUUGGUCAGGACUGAUUUAGAAACCUUUGCUGGUGUUACACGUCAAAUCUGCCGUCCGCCAGAGGCCAUCAUUGUCGACAGUAGAUUUCGACACGACGGUCGUCCCCUGCUCGAUCAUCCCGAUGACUUGAGCACUUUUGUCAGCAGCGAGUACUCUCUGCAGGCUCUGGAUAACCUGAAGAUACUGGGCGUCGAUUGGAUGGAUUACUACUGCUUCAGUCAACGAUUUGCUAAUAUGGUUAAUCGGCACCCCGCAUAUAUUAGAAGGAAAUCUAGCCAAUGGCACUCGGCAGUUGCGACCGUUCUCCUGCGACAUCCUAGCUACCUACACCUGAAUCAGGUUCUCGAGUCUUCCGCAAUUGUGCCUCUCAAUGAUGGGACCUGGAUGGUGCCGAGCCCUGAAAAUGCAUUUCUUCCCAACGAAGCUGCACCGCCAAUACCAAGCGGUUUCUCUAUAUGCACGGUUGCCUCGGAGGCUAAUGAAGACACAUCACGACGUCGACUGUUUGAGGUGCUUGGUCUCCGCAAAUGUGACUUCAGCGACGUCCACAGAGUCAUCCUAGAGAAACAUCAAGGGAACCAAGUCUGGUCUCAUGCACAAUUGUUGGAGCAAGCAGUAUAUCUUUUCCUUACUCGAUACAAGCCGAGAGAUUUACCAUUCACUUUCAUUAACUCAAGAGACCUGCCUAUAUCGAGCGAGCUAGUUUUCUUGUCUGAGUCGAAGGCCGCAUCCCUUCGACCCUUAUUCGAAGCGGAUCGGAGUAUCUCCUGGUUGCACGAGGACUAUUACAGUCCUCCUACUAUUGACGAGAAUCUGAGGGUGAGCUGGUGGAGGUGGCUGCGUCAGUGGAAAAAUAUAUUAAAUGAUGUGCGAGUCAUCGGCACCAAUGGCCAAUUAUCGACGGCAUUCAAAAGCUUAUACGACCGCUGCGGCUCCGGCAAGGCGCUGAACUUUCUUCGACAGCACUCCAAUUUGCCAUUGGCCAACUCAACUUGGUGCAAGAAUGUAGGCGAACUGGGAGUAUCAACCACACAUGGGCCUCGAAAACUCCGCGAGACUGCAUUGCCCAUUCUCCACGAGAAAGCUGGUGGUAUGGUACCGCUUAUCAGCCUCGAAUCUUUAGAGGCCGACUGGUCCUUCUUGAAGCACUUUGGAGUGUGUGUCUCGGUUGACAGGAGAUUUCUCUUCUAUCAGCUGAGUUAUCUCAAAGCCAAUAAACAUGUAACGGACUUGCUUGCUUCAGCAAAAAAGAUCUAUUAUCGUCUCGGAAAGCUUAUCGCGGACGAUCUGGAAAUUUCAAAGAUAAGGGAUGCCUUUGGGGCCGCAGAACUCAUUUUGGCGCAGGAUGGUAAGUGGUACUACGCGCAUAAAGUUCGAUGGGAUUCAAAGUUUAACUGCACUCUUUAUCCCCUGCUGCGAGAUCAGUACAAACCUUGCCGGCGUUUAUUCUGCGAAGUCCUGGACAUAAGAUCCACCAAUCUGGUUGAUCUGAUGACCGAGAUACGCUACCAGUCCGAACACAUUUCGGUCAAAUCGAAGCAAAACGCAAUUCUAAGAACCAUGCGCAAUCUUCUGCAAAAUCUAGACAGCAUGCUGAAGAUCAGACCAUCCUCUCAAGAGGUCUCUCAACUCAAAACUCUCGAGAUGUUUCCCAUUGCGACCCAUAAAGGCCACUGGACACUACAAUCUGCUAAUUCCGGCGAAUUCUGGAUUCCAGAUAUUUCUGUAUUGCACGAAUGCUUCCGGGGCCAUGCACCACUCCUUGAUCUAAGCGAUGACGCAAUUGGAACCAAUAUAAGCAACAUCGUGUCCGUGCUUGGUCUGAGAAGCAAACUUUUGACGGAAGCCGUGAAGUAUUAUUAUGAUGGGAACACGGAGGAAGGCAGAGAGUAUCCUGAGUUAGAACAGGAUUUGAAAAGGAAAGCAGAUUACAUCGGAGGAAUACUGAAAGGCGAAGGCCAAUCCCCAGAGCAAAUUACGGUUCGCGUAAACCAAGUGAGAAAUAUCAAAGCCCUUCAAAUGCCACAAAUUAUCAUCGAAAGAUACGUGGUUGGUAAGAGUCGCCCGUACAUGGGUGAAAAAGUAGAAGGCGGCUUGCGCAUCAUUACCAGAGGGCAACAACUGCUGGUUCUUGUGCAUGAAGACUUGAAACAGGACGCAAUGGCUCGUUUGUUAAGGAAAGAGAUGGCCAGGAAUCUUGAAGUCAGCCAACAUAGCGACUUACUUGGCGACCUCCUGGCUGCAGAUGAUCCAGAAAGCCUGCUAGAAGACCUGCAGCGAGCAGGAGCACAUCAAAUGCACGUAGCGGACGUGCCGGCAGGCGAAAGAACUGAUGCUUCAGAAGAGGCCGGUAGUGAUAGUGAUAGUGAUACUGACGAUUCCAGGAAUUCAAAUCCCGAGACAGCUUUGGAAAAGUCGUCAAACGUGAGAAGCGACCAGCAGCAACGCUUUCCAGCCUCACCCAAAGGAACACAUGGUGGAGGAUCUGAUGUGGAAGACGCGCAACGGCAGCUUAAUGAGUUGCGCAACGGCAAGAGCUCGGAGGAGUCAUCCGAAAGUACUGGGUAUACCAUCUGUAUCGAGAGAACAUCUCCUACGCCUAUAGCCGCGACCACAACGCCCUCAAUACGCUCUACCCCGAAGCUGUCGCGAGGCAGUUUAGCAAAGAGAUGGCUGACCCCUGCCGACAACAGUAGCGUCGACUUUUUGGCUUCGGCGCUCGCUGAGGUCUCCGUGGCGGACGAUGGCCCGGGCACGAGCAUAUCACAGGACCCUCCAAGAUUCGCCGGAUCAGCCACACAAAUGGAAGAUGCCAACCCGGCCACGAGAACCCCACGACAGAUGACCAGCAGGGAAGAGCGAAACUCUCCCUCACCUUGGCAAAAUCUCAACGGCACCAACAGACGUAGACUAUCUGGAUCGCUUGGCCAACCCGUAACUCCAUCAGCACAGGUGUGGCGUGGAUCACUGCAACAUCUUCACCAACGUUCAUGGAAUGGUGGUUCUAGCGCUUCUCAGCCAGGCUCAUCCUCAGAACGGAGAAAAGAGAUCGGUAGGAAGGGAGAGCACAUUCUGUACACAUUCUUGCGAGGAAAACUCGGCCCAUCGUUUGGCGAGAAACACUGGACCAGCAACGGUCGCAAGCACUAUAUUCCAACUUGCCUCGAUCACGACCCGAGCCUUUGUCCUCCAGGAUGUCGCAACUACUACUCUAUCGACGAAGGAGGGUGCGCGGACUUCACAAUUGGAGAUUCAGAUGCGAGCCAGGCUUUUACGCAGUAUCUGAGAGCUAACUGGGGAUGGAAUAGAGGCGUGGACAGCAACACGAAGUACCACCUCGAAGUCAAGUCAACGCCGAAUCGUGUUGAGAAUGAUGCUUACUGGACCCUCAGCGCCAAUCAGAUUCGGAUGGCACGGCAGUGGUCAGUGGAUCUAGUCACUGCGUCUGAGCCUUUACGCAACGUGUAUGUUCUUGUGAGGGUCUUCGACAUCGACGGUGAGCCUAGACUGUGGUUUGUCGUUGAUCCAUGGGCGUCGAUGUCUCUCGAUCUGAUAUCGGAGGUUGCACAGAGGCCUGCGUACACCCUCGAAAGUGAUAAUUUGGAAUUAGCAGUGGGCGAUGCUCAAGGCUCGGCACACCGCAUUGAUCUGCCCGCACCUGAAAGCGCGCGCGGGCGUCGUGCUUCGGGUUCAUUUCUCAGCGCUGUCGGGCAGAAUGCAAGAGAAGGUGCAUCAGACGACCCUUUCGAGUUUACUUUCGCAUUUCCGCAGUCCCCCUCGCUACAGAUCGCUGCAGCCCCAACCACCAUAUGUAGUAGCUUCGAACCGUUCAUGGAACGAGAUCCAAGCGGCUAUUCGAUGGCUUACCAGUCAAUUCCGUUUAUGGACAGUUUUAAACACUAUUCUUUCGAGGAACUCAGGCUUGCUGAUGAUGAAAUGGAGUCGUAUAUUUCGAACGUCAGCCGACAACAGCUGGAACAGGCUCGGUGA